AUGAAGUCCUUCGUCGCACCCGCACUCCUCUCCCUGGCACUGUCCACCAUGGGCGAUGCCGCCUCCGUCCCAACCAAGGGCCUCGUACGUCGUGCAGACUUCUGCGACCAGUGGGGAACUGCCACAACAGAUGACUACAUCCUCUACAACAACCUCUGGGGCCAGGACGAUGACCCAUCCGGCACACAGUGCACAGGGCUAGACUCGGUCGACGGCAACAAGAUCGCAUGGCACACCUCUUGGUCGUGGGCUGGUACCGCGUGGCAGGUCAAGAGCUACGCCAAUGCCAAGUUGCAGUUCACUCCUAAGACUCUGAGUGAAGUUAGCAGCAUCAAGUCUGCUUGGGAAUGGAGCUAUUCCAACACCGAUGUCGUCGCCGAUGUUGCAUACGAUAUGUUCCUCAGCUCUACUCCUGACGGCAGCGAGGAGUACGAGAUCAUGGUCUGGCUUGCGGCGAUGGGUGGUGCGGGCGCCAUCUCGUCCACCGGCCAGCCCAUCGCCACUGUCACUAUUAGUGGCCAUGAGUGGGAUGUGUACGUCGGUCCUAAUGGUGCCAUGACCGUGUACAGCUUUGUUAGUAAGACUCUCAUUACUAGCUACUCUGGUGACCUGUUGGACUUCUUCACAUACCUUGAGAAGGACCAGGCUCUGAAGGACAGCUUGUACUUGAUUGCUGUCCAGGCUGGCACUGAGCCUUUCACUGGCAAGGCUGAUAUGACUGUGUCUUCCUACUCUGUUUCUGUUGUUUAA